UUGCUCCACCAUUUGUAUGUAUCAAGCUGCUCAGCCGCUUUGCCGCUUUGCAUCCCACUGCGGGCCACCGAAGCGGCUGAGCAUUGAGGCAGCCGACAACAAACCAUCAUCAAAGACAUCAACACGUUUCGGAUUUCGGCACAUUCACUCCCAAAAACCAGUUGCAUCCCCAGCUUGCGACUCCCACCCUUUCUUCCUUUAUCCCCCACCACACGCUGUCAUCUCUGGGCGCCGCAGCACAACAUCAUGUCGUACGGAUAUCCCGGGCAAGGCUACGGGGGCCAUCAACCGCCUGCCCCUCCCCCGCAGUACGGCGGCUACAACCAAUAUCCCCCGCCCAGCCAAGGAUACGCACAGCAUCCGCCUCCGCCGCAACAACCUGGCUACGGCCAAUAUCCGCCUCCGCAACAGCCGGUCUACGGGCAGUACCCACCUCCGCAACACCAGCAGGCCUACGGCCAGUAUCCGCCUCCUCAGCAGCACCAACGCCAUUUCCAGCCGCCUCCGGGACCACCGCCGCAGGGCUACGAUGCCUACGGUUACCCAAUCGGCCACGGCCCGGGCUACGGCGGUUCGGGACCACCACGGGCCGCCCCGCCUCCGCCCUCCGGUAUGCAGCAGUUCGGCCACGGCGCGCCCCAGGGCUACACCUUCCAGUACUCCAACUGCUCUGGUCGGCGCAGGGCCCUGCUGAUUGGCAUCAACUACUUUGGCCAGAAGGACGAGCUGCGCGGCUGCAUCAACGACGUCAAGAACGUGUCGGCCUUUCUCAUCGAGAACCACGGCUACCGCCGCGAGGACAUGGUGAUCCUGACCGACGACCAGCCCGACCCGGUCAUGCAGCCGACCAAGGCUAACAUCAUCCGCGCCAUGCAGUGGCUGGUGGCCGGCGCCCAGCCCAAUGACGCCCUGUUCCUGCACUUCUCAGGCCACGGCGGCCAGACCCAGGAUCUCGACGGCGACGAGGAGGACGGCUACGACGAGGUCAUCUACCCCGUCGACCACAGGACCGCCGGCCACAUUGUCGACGACGAGAUCCAUCACUACGUCGUCAAGCCGCUGCAGGCCGGCGUACGCCUGACGGCCAUCUUCGACAGCUGCCACUCGGGCUCCGUCCUGGACCUGCCCUACCUCUACAGCACCAAGGGCGUGCUCAAGGAGCCCAACCUGGCCAAGGAGGCCGGCCAGGGGCUGAUCCAGGCCGUCGGCCACUACGCCCGUGGCAACGUGGCCGGCGUCGCCACCACCCUCUUUGGCUUUGCCAAGACGGCCUUGAAGGGCAACGACGCCUACGAGCACUCGAAGCGGACCAAGACAUCUCCCGCCGACGUUGUUAUGUGGAGCGGGUGCAAGGACGUCCAGACGUCGGCCGACGCGACCAUCGCCUCGCAAGCCACGGGCGCCAUGUCGUGGGCCUUCAUCACGGCGCUCAAGCAGAACCCGCAGCAGAGCUACGUGCAGCUGCUCAACAGCAUCCGCGACGUGCUCCAGACACGGUACACGCAGAAACCUCAGCUGUCGUGCAGCCAUCCGUUGGGUGCGUCACCUACUCUAUUAUUUCCCUUUUUCCUGUGCGUCCGGUUGCUGACUCUAGUUCUUGGUAGAUACCGAUUUGCUUUUUGUUAUGUGAGUCGGGUCUCGGAAGGGCGUCGGGUCCCAGAAGGGGUGUGGGGUCUCAGACUCGGAGGGUAGCGGGGCUUGGAUACGGUUC